AUGCCUCUUCUCUCGUCCAAGCCGCUCUACGUGCAAAAGGCCGACGAGUAUCACCAACCGCCUCCCAAGGCCCAGCCGUAUUCCAUCCCCCUCCAAGGCUCUGAGCAAGCCGGUCGCAGCCCCGUCUACCGCCAUCACAAAUGUCGCGAUGGACUUCUCGACACCCUCGAUCCUUCCACCACCACGGCCCAUGAAAUGUUUGAAUACGCCGCCCAGAGAUUUCCUCACGCCCCGUGUCUCGGGUACCGCCCCUACAACUCGUCCAAACAGGCAUACGGUCCUUACGAGUGGCUCGACUACGAGACAGUCCGCAAGAGGAGGUCAGAUUUCGGCGCCGGGCUGGUCGAGCUGCACGCAAGAGAAGGCAUCCAGGGCGCGAACUACGGCGUUGGACUGUGGUGUCAGAACAGACCCGAAUGGCAACUCACCGACCUGGCCUGCAUGUCCCAGUCGCUUUAUUCGGUCUCUCUGUACGAUACACUAGGUCCCGACGCGUCAGAAUACAUCAUUCAACAUGCGGAAUUGGCCUCGGUCGUUUGCUCUCUCCCGCAUGUUCCGACACUCAUUAAAUUGAAGGCACGCCUCCCCAAGCUCAAAAUCCUGGUCGUGCUUGAUUCCCUAGAACCGGGCCCCAAUGAGAAGCCGGAGUUGUCCAAGCAGCAGCUCCUCAACUCUAUGGCCGAAGAUGUCGGCCUCAAAAUCUACUCGCUCGAUACGGUGGAAAAGCUUGGAGCAUCGCUGGGGAAGCCAAACAACCCGCCCAAACCAUCAGACCCCAUCACCAUCAACUAUACCUCUGGGACCACAGGUCCACCGAAAGGGGUUCUUCUCACCCACGCAAUGUGCGUGGCAGCCACUUCCUCCUCGCUCGUCUCAAUUGCGGUCAAGGAAAAUAGCGUGGCAUUGAGCUAUCUGCCUCUUGCCCACAUUUACGGCCGCUUGCUCGAACACACUGCGUUCUGGAGCGGGAGUCGGAUCGGUUACUUCCAUGGCAACAUCCUCGAACUCGUCGACGACAUGAAACUCUUGCGUCCCACCAACUUUGCGUCGGUGCCCAGACUAUUGAAUCGGUUCGGAGGAGCCAUCAAGGCCAACACGGUCGAACAGCCGGGCGUCAAGGGCGCAUUGAGCCGUCAUAUUGUACGGACGAAACUGGCGAACGCGAACCCAGACCCGAAAUCGCCCGGAUCCACUCCGCCAAGCCCGACCUACCGUCACGUGCUGUACGACCGCAUUUGGGGUCGCAAGGUCUCGUCCGCUCUGGGCCUUGACCAUGCAACAACCGUGGUCUCGGGCUCAGCACCACUUGACCCCUCGUUGCAACAAUUCCUCCGCGUCGCUCUGUCGUCCAGAGUAUAUCAGGGAUAUGGACUAACAGAGACGUAUGCGAUCGCCUUGACCCAGCCAGUCGAUGACUUCACAGUGGGCAACUGCGGCGGUGUCGUCCCCGGUGUGGAAGCGUGUCUGCUCUCCGUGCCCGACAUGGAGUACAGUGUUGAAGACAAGCCUUAUCCCCGCGGGGAGCUCUUACUGCGAGGUGCAUGCGUGUUUACGGGAUACUAUAAGAACCCGGAAGAAACAGCCAAAGCAUUUACGGACGAUGGCUGGUUCAAGACUGGCGACAUUGCUAGCGUGGAUGAGCGGGGCAGAUUCCGAAUUAUCGAUCGCCGCAAGAAUGUCCUGAAACUCGCUCAAGGAGAGUACAUUUCCCCGGAGCGCAUUGAAGGCGUGUACUUGUCUUCGUGCACGUAUUUGGCGCAAGCGUUCGUGCACGGCGAUUCUUCACAAACAUCCCUUGUCGCGAUUUUCGGCAUCCAACCCGAUGUCUUUGCCCCUUUUGCAUCCAAGAUCCUGUCUCGCGACAUCUCCCCAACAGACUUUGCCGCUCUCAAGCGGGCAUGCGACGAACCAAAAGUCAAAGAGGCCGUGCUCAAGGAUCUGGACAAGGCCGGUCGCAGGAAGAAGUUUGCGGGGUACGAGAGAGUCAAGAGUUUUAGAUUGAUGCUGGAGCCCUUUACGAUCGAGAACGACCUGUUGACCCCGACCUUGAAGCUGAAGAGGCCGGUCGCCGUCAAGAGGUUUAGGGCGUUGUUGGACGACUUGUACAAGGAGGACGCCGAGAGGCCGCACAAGGCCAAGUUGUAA